UUUCUUUUUUCUUUUUCUUUUUUUGUUUAAUAAUGUAUAAAGCAAGCUUAUUAGCCAUUGCUUCUCUCGUUUUAUCUGUCACUGCGCAGACACCCGUAACAAACAUCAUUCAAGGAUGUGUGACCAAUUAUGAUGCAACUAUUGAUUAUUUCCCUGAAAAAAUCAAUGCUGCUGAUGACAAGGCCAACAUUUUCAGUAUUGAAUAUUACAAGAAUUAUAAAGUAAUCCAAAAUCAUCAUAAUAAGCAAUCCUAUGUCCUGGUUCAAUGUGGCACACCCACGCCCUCAAAUAUUACCAAUAAUACAGAGGUAUAUCAAGUACCUAUCACAAAGGCCGGCGUCAUGGAAACAUCCAUUGUGCCUUAUCUUGAAAUGAUUGGUGCUGCUGAAUCCAUUUCACUUAUUGCUGAUGGUAACUUAAUCUCUUCUCCUUGUUUCCAGAAAUACCUAAGUUCUGGCAAUGUUACUAUCCUUGAAAGUACAAAUCAAACCUUACAGAAACAACAAAUUGAUGCUGUUCAGGUUCAAUUCGGCUCUAACCCUUAUGCCUAUGCUUCUACACCUAUUGAUCCUAAUUCUACGGUUGCUGCAAGUGAAGCUUUUGAACCCGAUGUCUUGGGCCGUUCUUCUUGGAUCUCAUAUUAUGCUGCCUUUUACAAUCUUGAAGGAGUUGCCAAUGGUAUUAGACAAAACAUAACCGACAAUUACAACCGUCUCAAGGCCGCUGCUGCCAAUUAUCCAAAGAAACCAGUUGUCGCAUGGGCUACUUACGAAGCAGCCAGUAAAUACAACAACAAUACUGCUAGUUAUACGCUCAAGAACGAUUCAUACAAGGUUCAAUUGACUCGUGACGCAGGUGGUGUCAUGCUUAACCCCAACGCCGCUACCUAUUCCUCUGCCUCUGAUUUACUCGCUGCCAUUAGUUCUGCUGAUAUCUUAAUUGACGAGACCUAUAUUGGCUCCAAUCUAACCGACUUUUUAAAGAACUAUGGUAUCCCCGAAUCGGAUUCGAACAAGUACAACUUUUUGAAGCGCAAGUCGGUCUAUCGUGAGGACGGUAUCUUGACAGCUGCAGGUGGCUACGAUUGGUUCGAAGCUCCCUUUGCCAUGGCCGAUGCAUUGUUGGAAGAUAUGAUCAAUGUUGUCAAUCCUGUCGCGCCUUCCUCGGAUUAUAAGCGUCACUGGCUCCGUAACAUUGCAUUGAACGAACCCAUUAAAUAUGUUACAAGCGCCAAUUGUACAUGGUCUGAGAAUGCACCCAGACCGAACCUCGCAACCGAGUUCAACGGUGGUAACUUUAGCUUAUCCUCUGAAUCUGGAGCGUCUUCUAUUGGUAUUAACAUCAUCUCUCUCUUUGGUAUUUCUCUCUUCUCCUUGUACUUUUUGUAAUAAUAAAUAAUAUUGCUC